CCUUUCACACGACGUGGCCCUCACCCGGCGUACACGUGCUGCCGUACCAUCUCUCGGCUCUCGCCAUCUCGCGUUCAACGAAUCCUGUCCCCUCCCCUCCCCUCCCGGCUCCGCCGCCCCUGGAUUGGAACCAAGAAAGCAGGCAGCCCACCGUUUCCAAUUACCGUCCUACGAUCGAAACCACGGAAUCGCCCCCCCCCCCCCCAAGACCACCGCCUCCGAUUCAUUCCCUGCCCCCAAUCUCUUCCCCAAUCCGGGAGGCGGCAUUUCUUGUGGACCCUAGUUCUUCGCGGAGGUUCUUGCAUCCGAGACAUGGAUCGACCUGUGGAAAAGGCUGAAUUCCCAAGCUGUGAUGCCUAUUUUGAAGCUAUCCAGUCUAAGAAGAAGCUGCCGCUAUCUUUGCAAGAAUCGCUGACCGCUGCCUUUGCUCAGAUUCCGGUUUCGUCCUUCCCUGAGGUUCCAAGCGGUCGAGUAAUUGAAAUUCCAGGAGACACAUCUGUUCUUGACACUGUGAGGAUUCUCUCCGAACACAACAUACGGGCAGCGCCAGUGCUCAAUCCGGAACCUGGGGCUCCAGUUGAUUGGCAGGUGCAGUAUCUUGGUGUCAUUGAUUACUCGACGAUCAUCCUCUGGGUGCUAGAAAAUGCUGAGCUUGCUGCUAUUGCUCUGUCGGCUGGAUCGGCAACUGCUGCUGGAGUUGGAUUGGGUGCUGUUGGUGCAGUGGGGGUGGCAGCACUGGGUGCAACUGGACCAGUGGCGGUGGCUGGCUUGACUGCUGCUGCGGUAGGGGCUGCUGUUGCUGGAGGGAUUACUGCUGAAAAGGGCGUGGCAAAGGAUGGAGCAACUGCUGCAGAUCAUCUAAAGGAAGAUUUCUACAAAGUUUUGCUUGAGCAGGAACCUUUCAAAUCAACAACAGUUCGGUCAAUUGUAGAGUCAUACCGCUGGUCUCCUUUCGUCCCUAUUACACUGGACAGUUCCAUGCUUACCGUACUACUGUUGCUCUCCAAGUACAGGUUGAGAAAUGUCCCAGUGAUUGAGCCCGAUAAGCCAGUUAUCAAGAACUUCAUUACUCAGACUGGUGUUAUCAAAGGACUGCAGCAGUGUAAAGGAAGGGAUUGGUUUGACUACAUUUCCGCACUUCCUCUUUCAGAUUUGGGACUUCCAUUUAUGUCUAUCGAUGAGGUUAUCACUGUCAACAGCGAUGAUCUAAUCCUAGAAGCUUUCAAGUGCAUGAAGGAUAACAAGAUAGGUGGUGUACCAGUAGUCGAAGGGCCCAAAAGGAAACUUGUUGGCAGUGUGAGCAUAAGGGAUAUCCGCUUUUUGUUACUUAGGCCAGACUUAUUUUCGAAUUUCAGGCAACUUACAGUCAUCGAGUUCAUGAAGACUCUAGGAUCCACACUUCCUGAUUCAGGAGACAACGGCCUGGUGAAGCCACCACCCACCUGUGAGCCUGACGCUUCCCUUGGUAGCGUUAUCGACAGCAUUGCAUCAAGAAUAACCCACCGGAUCUAUGUAGUGGAUGGUGACCUCGAGGUCAUUGGUGUCGUGACACUGCGCGACGUGAUCUCCUGCUUCAUCUACGAGCCACCUGGUUACUGUGACACUUAUUUGGCUUCGGCAAUGGAGAAGAUUGGCGGCAAAAGUGCAGAUUCCGUGGAGGGAAGUUAAGCUUACCAUUGCACGAAUGUCAAAGCAACAAACUGAAUCAGUUUGUAUGGACCUAGACACCUAGUCCGGAAAGUCUCCUAAAUGCAUUGGAGAGGUGCUGUAGAUUCGCUUCAGGUUUCGUGGACCCAACCCAUUGCAAAUCUUGUAUUCAUCUUA